AUGAUGCAACCUACUCGCUGCUUUGUCAUCUCCCUUCUCCGUUUGUCGCCUUGCCGUCACUCCCUAAACGCCCUCCUUCAUCCCUCCUUUCAGUGGAUUGAGGCUGCGGACGAAGCCGUUCAGGCUGCCAAAAAGAAGGCGGAAGAUGUAUAUGGGAGGUUGGAUCAUAAUAAUAAUAAUAAUAAUAAAGCGCCUGCAGGUACUACGAUUGGCCAAAAUAUUGAGAAAAUUAAGCAAGCUAAAGACAAAGUUAGUCAAGUUGACGAUCAGUUGAAAAGUAUUCACGCAGAUUUAGGUAACUGGAAAGAUGCGGCAAGCGGUGUGCUUGGCACAGCGGUUGGAAAGGCUCAGACAGUGCAUGGCAAGUUGGAUCCUGAUAAAAGUAAGUCGACGCUUGGUGGUAAAAUCGGAGAAAUUGAAGACGCAAAAAACAACAUUAUUAGCGCAAAUUCACAACUGAAAACACAAGUCGACAGCCUUAGUAAUUGGAUCUCCACCGCGGAGGACAUCCGCCAAAAGGCCCAGCAAAAAGCGGAAGAGGCUUACAGUAAGUUGGACGUUCACGCUGAAUUGAGCAAGAAUGUCAAGAAGAUUGUUGAUGCUAACAGUGUAAUUAAAAAUGUUAACAAGAGUCUGACAAGUGUCCAUGGCAAUUUGGGUACCUGGAAUGCUGAGGCCAAGAGAGUGCUCCAAGGAGCGAUUGGAAAUGCCAAGGAUGUUCAUGAUAGGUUGGAUGAUAAUAGUGCGGAAGUUGGUCAGAAAAUUAAGAGUAUUGAAACAAAUAAUGAUGCAAUUAAACAAGCAAAUAAAACUCUCGAAGAAAAUGUUAAGAGUCUGGGAGCCUGGAAGUCUGCGGCGGAGAAGGUGAUUGACAAGGCGGAGCAGAAGUGUAAUAGAAUUUUGGAGAAAGUUAGUCCAAAAGGUCCAAUUUAUAAGCAAGCUGAAAUAUUAAAAGAGAAAGGCAUAAAGCUUUUUAAUGCUGCUAAGUCGGCCAAGACAGCUGUUGAGUCUCAGGUCUCUGAGGCCUUGCAGGCUGUUGUUCAAAUGGACGCAUCUCUCAAGAAGGAUUUGAAGAGUGUGAAGGAGGAGAUUAAGAAAGGGAUUGAGAGUGUGAUUACUAGUUUGCGAGUUAAUGAGUUGGAUAAGAAAGUGAAGAUUGAUUUGGGGAAGUUGAGGGGGAGGAUUGAGGGGCUUGGCAAGGAUCUGGAUGGCGCUGGAGAGAGUCAUCAUCUUGUUGGUACCCACUUAACAACGCUAAAAAGCAAGAAAAGUGAGCUGGAUAAAAUUACUCAUAAUGGUCCCACUUCAAUUAAAACUGAGGUGGACAGUGGGCUUGACAGUAAGUUUCAGACUGCGGUCCAACAUCCGCUUAGCGAGAAGGUAGAUAAUGUUGACCAGGCGAUUGAGAAGCUUGGCGGGAAGUUUGAUGGGCUCACAAAGCAGGAUCAAAAUAAACUUGAAAUGAUUUUCGGGCAUAUUAAAGAAAAGGUUGCGGCGAUUAAGGGGACACCGGGGAGAAACCCCAAUGGUAACGAUGGUACAGAACUAGAAGGUGUUGUUCAGAGAGUAAAAGGGCUUGCUAGGGCAUUUGUUAACCCUGCCGGAAAAGGUUUUGAGGCCAGAGUGGUCGGAUGGCUACAGAACAGUAUUCUGGGGAAUGGUAAGCAGUCAUGGGAAAGAGAAUAUAAGCCCGGGAUGCAAGCCGUGAAUACAUGGCUUGAGCCGUAUCAGAAGGCGGCUAAGGGGGGCGGGCAUAAUGAACAAGCAUUGAAAGAUCAAGUUAUAAAUAAUAUUAAGAGUACGCUUGGAACCCAAAUUACCGCAGCUCAGCGGAUGAUUAUGUCAGUGCAGAAUGGCAUCACAGUUAAUCUCACUGCUAUCGUCACCGCUUGCAACACAUUCGUCGAAGAGCUCGAUAAGAAGAUCCCGAAGGGCGCAAUUGAUCAGCUUGCCAAUCCCGUAGCCGGGCAGAUUCAGAAUUGGAUGCAAGGGCAGGGUCUUUGGAAUCGUGUGACUGACGCUGAUCUCAAGUGUGCCGUCCGCUACACUCUCCUUGCACUCUGCGCUUCUGUGAGGCAGGUUGGCAUUGAGCUCAAAUCAUUAGGCAUCGACAAGUUUGGCGAAAUUUUGGACCAAAUUAAACCGACUGUAGAUGAUCUCGACAAGCAGCUGAAAGAGGCGACUAGCCCUCCCGGCAUCCCUCCCACCGGCAAAAAUGAAAGCCCCGCCCAAGCCGUGGACAGUAAGUUGCAGGCGGUGAGGGAGAAGGUUAAGGGGCUUGAAGAGAACUUUAAGAAAGUCAAGCAGAAUCUGGAGGCUGAGGUUGCCAAACUUCCCUCCGCCGUUGAGACUUUCAACACUAAAGCUCAAGCACAGAUCAAGGCUGCAGCCCAGACGGCGAUUGACAAGGCGGCUGGGCAGAUUAAGGAGGAAAAGAGUCCAAUUGUGCUUGGCCAAAAUAAGCUUAUGGAGCAAUUCAACACUCAGUUUACUACUAUUAAAAGUAGUCUCGAACAUCAACUCAAGCAGCAAGUUAACAAUCACAUUAGGGAGGAUGAUCCGCCAGGCCUGGCAGGUGGUCAACAACAGAAAUUCAUUCUUGCUAAACAAUAUUUUACAGGUUAUGAUAACCAUGUUAAACAAGAAGCAAUUAAUAAACUUAGUCCCGGUGGAACUCUAACCGGCAAGCCAGAUGAAGGCCAUCUUCCACAGGCGAUCGGGAACAUCAAGAAUCAGGGUCUGGCAGAGCUUAAAAUCAUUGAUCCACCAGGAGGUACUGGUAAAAUAGAUACCAAUACCUUCACCGUUCCGUUCGACAAAAUUCAGAAAGAGCUUGAAGAGAUCAAGAAAUUGGUUGAUGGGAACAAUGCGUCGUUCACGCAAGGUGAUGAAAACCAAAAAGGUGUGAAAACGCUGCUCGAAGAUCUUAAAAGAGGACUUGGGAACGGCAAAUAUCCAUGGAUCACCGGUGUUAGUGGCCUUGAUAAGAUUAUAUUGGCGGUUAACGAUCUGCAAAAAGGGACGUUUAAUAGCGAACCCGGCAAAAUCGACAUAGCCGUCAUAGCAAUUAAGACGGAGCUUAAGAACCUUAGAGAGAAGUUGAUGAAAAAGAAGGAUGAAGAUGUAAUCAAGACUCUGGAAGAUUUGAAAAAUUAUGGUCUUGAAAAUGGUGCUUUUACAUUUAGUACUAAUAACAAAUGGAAAAAUGUUGGCAGUUUCAAAAGUAUCCAUAUUGACCUUAAAAAGCAAAAUGAGAUAUUGCCAAAACAGACUGACAUAAUCAGCAAUGCUGUCGACGCAGUUAAGUUGGAGCUUGCAAGGAUAGGAAUUAAGAUUCAAAAUAUUGCCGGUACUAAUGACGUCCUAGACCCGUUGCGUUGGUUUAAACGGAGCAUUGGUAAAAAUGCUCCGGAGGCGUGGAAUAUCCAAGGAAUUCACGACGCAAUUCAAAAGCUGCAAUCCGGUGAUUUUACUAAUAAACCUCAAGCCAUCGAUGUCGCCAAGAAAGACAUUGUUAAAGAACUCACUGCCCUCCAAGGUGUGUUGCAGGGCGACAAGCCAGGCGACGACGUCAUCAAGACGCUGGAGGAUCUGAUGGACACCGGACUGAGUAAAGGAAUGUGGGAUGUAAAUGUACAUGGCAAAAUGAAAGGCCUACAAGGCAUCCAGGAAGAUCUAAAAGGCCAACAAAUAAUAUUGGAGAGACAACCUGGUGAAAUACUUCUUGGUGUCCAACAGAUCACCGCGGAGCUUGACACGCUGCGGAGUCAGAUGCUUAAAAAGGAUGGCAAUGAAGCAACCAAAAAAGGUGUGAUUAACAACCUGGAUGACAUGAUAAAGCAGAUCGGCAACAGUGACAAUGACAGUGAGAGCCUCAGGAAAAUGAGUAAGGAAAUUGACACCCUUAACACUGUCACAGUCCCGAAGGUGACCGAGCAUCUCGUCAAGCUGUGUCAAGAGAUUCAGACUGCAGGGGCGUACGCCGGUUGGAAGCUGGACACAUUCAAUGACACAAACAUAGACGUGAGCCUGAAAGGAAUAGAGAAUGACAUCAGUCUCCAGAUCCCCGCGCUCCAGGCGGCCAUCGCCAUGUGCGAUAAUCUUUACAGACUGCUGCAACCGCAAGCCGAAGCACAGAUCAUCAGCCGUAUCAACAAGCACAUCGAUGAGGCACUCAAGGAAGCCGAAGAGGCGCUGACAAAGCAGGCGCGGCGGCAGUACGUGGAGUCCGCGAAGGACGCGCUUCAACACUUCGCCUUAAAGGCGGAGAGUGAGCUGGGGGAGCUGCCCGGCGAGAUAAACAGGGAUCUCUUCGUGGGCUUCAAGGGCCUCAUGAAAUACGUGUACGGACAUUUUGAUAGCCUCGAAAGCGUGAGGGAAGAGAAGGAAAUUGCCGUCAUAUCCUCCGCGUUCCACGCUUUCUACGCCCCGGUCAACGAGUAUCUCGGCAGUGAGAUCCGGAGGGAGCACAGGGAGCGUGAGGGCGAAAAAAGUCCCCUGCUCCCCAAGUCCCAGGAUCACUACGCUGACAGACUUAGUGCAGUUCACACGGCGCUCAGCGCUCUGCUCACCCACAUAACCGGUGCGCAACGCUACGGCCAUGAGGUCCGUGGUCUGCUUGACGCGCUUGACAAGGCACUCGCCGGCCUCAGGCCGGAGUGCUUCGCCAGGCCAAGCACGGCUGUGAUAGACGGCGUGACGGACGGGCUCAGUGCCUUCGCCGCCGAGCUGAGGAACGCGUACAUCAGUGCGUACUCCGGCGCCGCGCUCACCGGUGACUUAGUCAGCAGUGAGGCCGUGAGCGAGAGAAGCGUCACAGUGUUGACACCUUAUGGCGAGAAGCUUUCUAAGGUGUUGCUCAGCAUGGUGCCAAUACUUUACAGUUCAUUGACCGUGUUGAGAACGGAGUGCAAGAGCCUCGCUGGACAGCAACUCAACAAAUGUACGGACCUAGGCAGCCUCCUCGGCGAGAUGGGCUACAGAGUCCCAGACUACGGCGAGCAGGACGGCGAGUUGGACAGCCACGUGACCGGUAGAGGAAUUACCAUGCUCCUCGUCGGCGAUUAUAAGCGUGUCUUCAACUCUGAUAAGGACACCAAAAAUGCGCUCGGGAUUCUUCUCGAUCAUCUCAACGAUUACUACAAGGCGUGUCACUUCAAUCUUCCACGUUCGCUCAGGACGCCGUGCAACGUAUAUGAGAUGCUCGUAUGGCUGACGGGCCUCCCGCACAACUGUGUCUACGAUAAGCUCUGUAAAUUCACGAAACUGUGUUACAGCGAGCAGACUGAGAAUAGCCUCUAUGCCGCCACUUUCCCUGCCGACGCCUUGGUUAAAGCCGUUGGGAGGCUCACCGCCGACUGUCCCAGCAUCCUCACCAGAGUGCUCGGCUACGGCAGUGCUCUGACAACCUACGCCUGCGACUUCUAUAGCAACUCCAUGAGACUGUAUUACCCGCAGGACGGCGAGGAAUGCCUGCACAUGAUGCUUCAUUGUGUUCCUGUCAAGUCAGUGCUCACUCCCCGCUCACCACGGUGGCUGGGCGGAGUGCCGUGCAAUCCCCUGGCCUUCAAUUCAUCACUGCCUCACCCGGAGUGCACCGAUAAAUCACCCCUGCAGUCCUACCUCAACGACUGCCUGCCCGGCCACCUACCUCAUCAGGUCAGCAACGUCGGCUGUGAGCCUUUAUGCAACACGUGUCCCAGUGCACCAAGUGGAAUGCCCUGCCUCACGCCGCUCGGCUUCCGGGGUUUCUCCGGCAGCAUCAAGACGGGCAAGCAGCUGUGCAAAGUGCUGACCAAAUGGUUCGGCAACAAGCAUCUCCCAUCGCUGCUCAGCCUCGAACCCAGACCGCCGGCCACCUUGGCUGAGCACAUAGGCUUCGCCCUGUCGCUCGUCAACGAUUGGCACGACGGCAAGAUUGUGCCCAAGAAUUCCCUCCAACAGGCCCUCGAGGCAUCCGCCACGGACUUGUCACUUCGCCUCUACAACCAACCCGGUGACCUGACCGCAGCGCUCACCGCCGCCUACGGCUCGGACUCCGCGAAACACGGCGGCUGCAAGCACCCGCACCUGACGCAUCUCGCAGGCACUGACGUCUGCACCAGGCACCAAGCUUCGCCCUUCCUCCAAGCCCUCUGCCGCGACUCCUACGACAGCCUUGCCUACCGCCACUCAGACCUCUACCUCUCCUGGGCCGUCUACCUCCCGUGGACACUGUAUGAUUUAUUGCUGUGCCUGUACACCGCGUUCAAGGAAAUCUCCUGCCGGGACUGGAGCUGCGAUGCGUGCCUUCACGAAGGCCCCUGUGAUCCAGACAGCCACGGCGUCCUAAACCCCAAGGCACCCGUCCACGGCUGCCGAUGCCCUUCCAUCGUCCAAUGCACGGGCGUGAUGCCGACGCUCUACCAAUACGGCCUCACCUUCAAGGACGCACCGGCCUUGAUAUCGCAAAACACAACUUGCUUUAGCUUCUCCACGCAGCUCUCCCAAGUCCUCCACUCUGAGUAUUUCAGAGAUCUCUUCCACAAGUGUGAUGAGUUCCUCUGGCACAUCAGGAUGCCCUUCCUCUUCACCAUCGUCACACUCUGGCUCACCGCCACGCUCUACAUCGCCCACUCACUCCUCUACCGCAUGGACGUCCUGCAUAUCCGCUCCCACCUCCUGACUACCAGCGCCUCCCACCAACUCGACGUCAAGGCCCUGCUCUCCCGCACCCGCAGGAUGCUCUCACUCUACACUGACGUCGACUACUUCGACGACGACUUUCACUCGUGA